UUCUACUGUAUUUUUUUUAUGUUGUAACAUAAUUACAUUUAUUAUCAUAGCGUGUUAACUCACUCGGCCUGUGUUUAGAUUGUUUGCGCAUGCGCAGUCACGGACAGCCUGAACGCUCUAAGCUUCUACUUAAACGUCUCCUGAGAGCUGCGUGAAACAUGGCCGACUCUAUACAGCUCUUUUUAUUACGUCUUCGUCUAUCAUGGGGUUGUAAGGUUGUUAAUUGAUAGUGUGGACCCAUCUCACGAAGGCUACUCAAUAUAUUUUAGAUAUAUUAUUGUACCUUGUUAGCUACAAUGCUAACCCAUGACUAGCCAGUUGCUUUUAACCGAAUUGUACACACAGCAGUCAGGAAGCACCGGGAAUCCUGUGUGAAGUGUUUUGUACUGUUUGACAACAUGGCUGGUGGUAUUACAGAGACUGGAGAGCUGUACUCCCCUUUUGUUGGCUUGGUGUACAUGUUCAACAUUAUUGUGGGUACUGGUGCUCUGACUAUGCCCAAAGCCUUUGCCACUGCUGGAUGGGUUGUAAGCCUGGCGCUCAUCUCCUUUUUGGCUUUCAUGAGUUACAUGACCACUACAUUUGUGAUUGAGACCAUGGCUGCAGCCAACGCUCAGCUACGCUGGAAGAGGAGAGAGCAGGAAGAGAUCCAUAGCAGUGACUCUGGCUCUGACUAUUCUGAUGAUGAGGUCACCUGCAGGGGGCGGUCAGAUCCGGUGGAGACUCGACCCAUUCUCUCAGUUCAGCGUGUAGGGACAGUGGAUCACUUUGAAAUUGUGGAGAGAGUUGAGAUGGGACAAAUGGCCUCCAUGUUUUUCAAUAAAGUUGGCGUCAAUAUGUUCUACAUCUGCCUCAUUGUGUACCUCUAUGGAGACUUGGCCAUCUAUGCUGCCGCUGUGCCCGUGUCCUUGAUGGAAGUGGCCUGCGGCAAUCACUCCUGCAGCGCUGGGAGCGUAAAAUACAACGACACCGAGUCAUGCUGGGGGCCAGUGAGUCGGAAAGACGCCUACAGAGUCUUUCUCGCAGUCUUCGUUCUACUGUUGGGUCCUUUCACAUUCUUCAAUGCACAAAAGACCAAAUACCUUCAGAUCCUCACCUCACUAAUGAGAUGGAUAGCUUUCACCAUGAUGAUAAUCCUGGCGCUGAUUCGCAUCUCAAAGGGCCACAGAGAAGGCAAUCCUAAGGUGGCGCAGCUUAGUGGAGUUCCCAACCUAUUUGGCGUGUGUGUGUACUCCUUCAUGUGCCAGCACUCGCUGCCCUCUCUGAUCACGCCUAUCUCAGACAAACGGAGGGUGACUGCGCUGCUAACCGUGGACUACGUACUCAUCCUGGCAUUCUACAGUCUGCUUUCUUUCACAGCCAUCUUCUGCUUCGACAGCUCGCUGCUGCGAGACAUGUACACACUAAACUUCACCGAUAACUGUGACGUGCUGGGCGUGGCCGCCCUCCGCUACUUUUUAGGACUGUUCCCUGUCUUUACAAUCAGCACGAACUUUCCUAUAAUCGCGGUCACGCUGCGCAACAACUGGAAGACGCUCUUCCACCGAGACGGAGGCACCUACCCAUGGGUGGUGGACCGCGUUGUGUUUCCCUUGAUUACUUUGGUGCCACCCAUCAUAGUGGCAUUUUGUACUCAUGAUCUAGAAGCUCUCGUGGGCAUCACUGGAGCCUACGCAGGCACAGGCAUUCAAUACAUCAUUCCUGCUGCCCUGGUCUUCUUUAGUCGGCGCCACCUGGAGCCUGUGUUUGGAAGAGAGGUGGAGAAUAAACACAGGUCUCCAUUCCGACACACGUUCUGGGUUGUGUUUGUGGUGAUUUGGGCGACUUCCUGCCUGAUGUUUGUCACAGCUAAUAUCAUACUGACAGCAGAAAACAAGAUCUAAGCAUGCAGUUUACUGUAUAAAACUUUCACUAGUUUCAACAUACAUUUUGUUUUAUUCUGUAAGGUUUGAUGGUUUCAUUCACUCAGUUACACAGUUGACAUGAGAACGAUACUUUUGGUUAAAAAAAGAAAUCUUUUUUGACUGUAGGUUAAUUUUUAGCUUUAAUUUGCUUAAGACAUUCAUUUAAGUGACAGUUUGUACUGUAACAAUCAAAUUAACAAACCUCAGUCAGUCAACACUAUUUUUUUUGCCUGUUUAUUUUUAACAUUUUGUUCCUUUUGAGUUCAUUUAGGUUAGUUUUUUUGCUAGCAAUUACAAACAAGAUGUUGUUUGUAUAAUGUUUUUCCCCCUUUUUAGAAUGGUAAUCCUUAGACCCGGAGCUCUCUCUCUCUCUCUCUCUCUCUCUCUCUCGCUCUCGCUCUCUCUCUCUCGCUCUCUCUCUCUCUCUCUCUCUCUCUCUCUCUCUUCCCUUCCUUCCUUUCUCUCUCUCUCUCUCUUCCCUUCCUUCCUUUCUCUCUCUCUCGCUUUUCCCUUCCUUCCUUUCUCUCUCUCUCGCUUUUCCCUUCCUUCCUUUCUCUCUCUCUCGCUUUUCCCUUCCUUCCUUUCUCUCUCUCUCGCUUUUCCCUUCAUCCCUCGCUCCCUUCCUUUCUCUCUCUCUCUCUCUCUCUCUCUCUCUCUCUCCCUCCUUUUUUUUAAACCAAACAAAACAGCCACAUGCACCUUAGUGUGGGCCGAGAGCUGUAGUAGGAGCAAAGCAAAUCAGGGAUAAUUACUCUUUCAUGGCUUCCAUUUUCAGCAUUUCAGAACCUGGGUGUCCUCAGUUGUCCUCACCGGUGAAGGGUUUACAGAGAGCUGCAGUUCAGUCUCAACUCCUCAAGCACACUCAAGCAGAGAUGCUUGCACACUCACUCUGGUUUCACUUACCUAUAACACAACCUGGGCUUUCUGAUUUCCUGUGUUUGGGUUUAGUCAUGCAUAGAGCACUGGGACAGAUGUUUAUAUAAAAGGAAACCUGCACUUUAUGUCUCCAUGUCCACUGUGUGAGUUACUUAUCAUACUGCUUGCUUAAAUAUAUUUCAAAUCCAUAUAUAUAUGACUUUUUAAUCUUGUCUCGCAUCGUCAUUAGCAUCUCCUCCAUGUUCACUAGUCCUCAAAUGUUUGGGAGUAUGUUUUAUUUUUAUUUAUUUAUUCAUUUUUUAUUAUUAAUGUUUUCCAGCUCUCCUCAAACCCAACUAAGAACUGCCUAAGAGACAGGGAUAGAUUAAAGCGGUAUCAGUCUGAGAGCAGUUGGAUUAAAAGUAAUCAGUCAGCACUAAAGAAGCACAGCAGAGCGUUUCCUGAAAUCAAAUAGUUAGCCUUUAACUUUUUUUAACACAUUCCAACCCCUAAAGGUUUGACCGACAGUGGAAGUGGUCCCUCAGGAUUCCAGCAGUUACUGAACUUGUGUGUAAUUGUGUCGUAGCUGUUAACACAUCACUAUCUUGCUACAUCGCUGUCUUUCCUGCGUUUUCUUCAUCAGCGCUCGAUGCUCUGAUCAUCGGGAACAUGUUUGUUACUGUAUAAUGACUGCUGCUCUCUGUGAGAGUGCUCGCCUGCUUAAAGACAAGCAGAAGAAGCCUGUUCAGCAGCCUCAAGUGCGAGACUGCUGUAACCUGCUCAGGAUUUACACCUGUUGCGUUCAGCUCAUAUGAAUUCAGUUGAAGAUGAUUCUUUUUAUUCGUCCUUGCACAAUUCAGCUCUUACAGUGAGGCAGAAGCAGGAGGCUGACCUGUGUUUUAAUAUCACCGUCCUGAUCGUGGACUUUCAGGUGGAGAUUUGGAGUGCAAUAAAAAGUGAUUGCAGCUUCUAACUCAAAUGCUCAAAUCUAAGUCAAUAUUUAAUUAAUAAAUGAAGUUUAUUUACAGACGUGUGGUGAAUAAAUGAUUGAAGUGAAUAAAAAUGUGCCUUUUUCCCCAGGGUUUUGUACCCCUUCUGUUCUUUAUGAGGAAGAUGUGUCGUCGUGUCGUGUAAACCCUGUCACGUAUCCUGCAUGUAACCUGCUUCAUGUAACUGACAAUCAGUGUGUCUUCUAAAUAAACAUCUAAAUUUCUUCUUUUGA